AUGUUAAGAGACUUAAACCAACCACAAGGUGGUGAAGCAAAUGAAAUGUCAUAUGACGACAAAUAUAGACACUUCUCCAUGGCAAAGAUGAGACAAGUUUUAAAUAUUUACAAUAACCGUAAACAAAAAGGUUUGGGAAACCACUCCCCCGAAGAAAUGAAAAACAACCCUGACUUAGAGAAAGACUAUAUAUUUAAUAAUUUAGUCAAAAGAGACAAACAAGAAAGAAUGCCGGGCUUCAAACUUCAGAAAGGUGACAAAGUAAAAAUAGAAAUACCUAAACGCGACCCAUAUGAAAAUACUAUUGACUAUGACAACAAUGGGAACCCGACAGGUACUCACAUUCGUGUUCGUAAAAAUAGAAGAAAGUAUACAAGAGAAUAUUAUGAAGUUUUAGGCAAACAUGGCAAAAUGUACACACUGCAAGCAGAAGAUAAAACUACUAUUGUCAGACCUCGUUUCAAACUUGUCAAAGUUCAAGGUGGUAUACUUUCAAAGACAGUUCCUAACAAAUAUAAGACAACUCCUGACGAAUAUGCUAAAGAAGUUGAAAAUGACGACUAA